GCUGGACUUGUUCCAUACAGCAUCUCCCAUAGCGCGUCGAUUUCUUGCCUCUUCCAGCAGCCAGACCUAAGAAUAACCUGACCGUAGCCUCACUAACUCGCAUAAACCUGGGCUUCGAGAAGAGGCGUCGACCCUCCAGCUCCUGGCCUCGCUCCGGUCUCCCUAAGUAUUUUGUUACACCGUACCCAUUUGCUUCCAUUUGUCCCCAUCCUCUCUCACACUGUUGUUUGUUCGUGGUUUAAAUCGCCUGAUGUGUGGUUGUGUGUCCCGGUCUGCUAGUUAGUUAAAUAGGCUGGAGUGAUAGUUAAAAGGGUUUAAGAUCCGGUGAUGACAUUUCUUAGUCCACCGCCAAACUAGCAACAUCAUCGUCAUUGUCCUUGGGCGAAGACCAAUCCUGAAGUUCCCAAUACCCCACAUCCAGCCAUCGAAAGCCUCUCUCCAACCACUGCUUCUGCAGGCCAAAUACGACUCGUUCCUCUCUGACCACUUCUGCGACCGCUUUUCGACUGGUGUUUAGGAAAGGGAGCUGUGUUUGUUACCUCCGACUCUCCUCACUGUUUGCCUACCUAGCCACAACAUUUUACCUCCACCUCUUUUGCCUCACCACCCCCCACCCACCCCCUUAACCCCCCCCGCGGCGGGCCAUUCUCAAGAUGGUGCAGUCACCUAUGAUAUCGAGCCCGCUGAAGCAAACAAGCGAGAUCGACUGGAUACAGCCCCUCAAGGCCUACAUCCGGCAGACAUAUGGUGAUGAUCCAGAGAGAUACUCGGAGGAAUGCGCAACGUUGAACAGGCUGCGGCAGGAUAUGAGAGGUGCUGGCAAGGAUAGCGCGGCUGGGCGGGAUUUACUAUAUCGGUAUUAUGGCCAGCUUGAACUGCUGGAUUUGCGGUUUCCGGUGGAUGAGAACCAUAUCAAAAUAUCCUUCACCUGGUAUGAUGCGUUUACACACAAGCCAACAUCUCAAUACUCAUUGGCGUAUGAGAAGGCUUCGAUUAUCUUCAAUAUAUCCGCCGUUCUAUCGUGCCAUGCGGCGAACCAAGACCGAUCUGAAGACACUGGGCUGAAGACCGCUUAUCACUCCUUCCAAGCCUCUGCGGGAAUGUUCACUUAUAUCAACGAAAACUUCCUACAUGCCCCUUCGACGGAUCUGAGUAGGGACACCGUUAAAACGCUGAUAUCGAUAAUGCUUGCGCAGGGCCAGGAGGUUUUCUUGGAGAAGCAGAUAGCUGAUGAGAAGAAACCAGGGUUUCUGGCUAAGCUCGCAAGCCAGGCAGCAUAUCUCUACUCACAAGCUGCAGAAGGUGUACAGGAAAAUGUGGCGAAGGGCAUAUUUGAGAAAGUGUGGUCGAUUGUCAUUCAAAUAAAAGCCUCCCUUCUAGCUGCUGUCGCUGGUUACUACCAAGCCAUUGCAGAUGACGAAGGGGCUCUCUACGGAAUAUCCAUCGCCCGACUCCAGCUGGCUGAAAAGCAGGCUACCUCAGCAAUGAGUUGGGCGAAGUCUUUUCCAUCCUCUCCCCCCGCAGGCUCAAACCUAAGCGCGGAUACUGGUCCGAUCUUACUCGAUCUCACACGGCGACAGCUGGCGAAUAUCCAGGAAAAACUGGCAUUGUUUAACAAGGAUAACGAUUUUAUAUACCACCAACCAAUCCCUUCUGAGCCCAGUUUAUCGACCAUCGCGAAGUUGCCCGCUGCAAAAGCAAUGUCGGUUAGUGAGUUAUACCAAGGACAAGAUAUACAGAGGAUAAUCGGGCCGGACAUUUUUCAAAAGAUUGUUCCAAUGUCCGUUACAGAAUCAGCAAGUUUGUACGAUGAGGAGAAAGCGAAGCUGGUUCGUGCAGAGGCGGAGAAAGUUGAGGCCGCGAAUGGUGAAAUGGCUGCCAGUCUUGACUACCUCAAAUUACCAGGAAGCCUGAACAUUUUGAAGGGAGGAAUGGACCAGGAUAUGGAUGUCGAUGAAGAUUUUAAGAUGUGGUGUGAUGAAUUGGCUGAUGCGCCUCCUUUUCGCGAAGCUUUCAACGAGGUGCAGGAGGAAAAAAUAUCCAUAUUAAGCGUAUUGGAUCAAUGCUCUAAGCAACUGGAUAUGGAAGAGAGUGUUUGUGAAAAGAUGCGGUCCAAGUACGGAGCGGACUGGGUACAGCAGCCCAGUUCCCGAUUAACAUCGACCUUGCGCAGUGAUAUUCGAAGCUACCGUGAUACCAUCGGCGAAGCCAGUUCCAGCGACUCGCAGCUUCUCGUGAACCUGAGACAACAUGAAACUGACUUCGAGGAAAUGCGCUCCGCCGGGGAAACCGACGAAGCUGAUGUUUUGUUCCAAAGGGCUCUAAUUAAGGUUGGCGGAAAAGGCAAAGGCCGAAAUGGGCAUGGUAGCCCUUAUACUGCUGCUCCGGAGACAAACCUCCUAGGCGAUGAUUUCGAAGCGGGGGCGUCUGUUGCUGAGCAGAUCGCGAGGGUGGAGGAGCUACUUCGAAAGCUGAAUCUUGUGAAAAGAGAUAGGAAUCAGAUUUUGAAGGAUCUGAAAGAGAAGGUGCAUAAUGAUGAUAUUUCCAAUGUCCUGAUACUGAACAAGAAAUCUAUCGCCAACCAAGAAAAUCAAUUGUUCCAAACAGAGCUUGAGAAAUUCCGACCUCACCAAAAUCGACUACUACAAGCAAACCACAAACAAACGGCGCUCAUGAAGGAACUUACAAAAGUUUAUGGCGACCUGCUCCAGGAUAACAGAGUCAGAUCAGAGCAGUCCAAGUACGAAGUGCUCACACGACAGAGGAACUCGGUUAUGUCCAAAUAUAAAAAGAUAUACAACGCCUUCAAAGACAUUAAUUCGGGCCUACAGCAAGCGCAAGCCUUCUACGCGGAGAUGAAGGAUACGGUGGACAGCCUACGGAAAAAUGUCGAUACAUUUGUCAACAACAGACGAUCAGAAGGCGCGCAACUCCUCAGUCAGAUCGAACGAGACAAAGCCCACCACCAGUCCAGCCAGGAGGACCGGGAGCGUGAAAAGUUAAAAUCCCUGAUGGAGCGUCUCUCCGUAGAAACCAGCCCUCAAUCACAACCAACAUCCUCCUCAUCAAAACCUCGCCCAUCCCCUCUAAAGACUACCCCCGGCCGCUCCCCGUCCAUUUCAACUCACCACAACACCAUGUCCUACCCCUCCACCAGCCAAUACAUGACCGGACAACAACAGCAACAACCACAACCACAACCACAACCACAACCACCACUGCAACAACAACAACAACAACAGCCACAACAAUACCCCCAACAAGGACCCCCCGGCGUCGCCCCCUCCGCAGAAGGCUACAACCCCAUGGCCUACCUCUACCAACCCCCCAUCUCCCCCCCACCAAACCAACAAUACUUCUCCCCAUCACAAUACGGCUACGCCAGCCCGCAGCAACCCACCCAGUUCAUGCCGCAGGGGUACAUACCGCCUCCACCGCCCCCGCGGCCAUCUCAGUCGCCCUACCCGCAGUCCAGCGCGCCGUAUCCGCCGGCGGGAUACAUGCAGCCGCGGCCGUACAGUGCCAUGCAGCAGCAGCAUCCGUCGCAGACGCCGCAGGGCCCGUCUGGUGGGCAGAGUAAUAGCAAUGACCCGUGGGCGGGGUUAAAUGCGUGGAAAUGAAAGUCGGUAUAUUGGUAUAUGGGCUUUGAGGGACGAACGGCUUGCAAGCUUCGUUGAGUGACGGGUGGCGAGUGCAGUUGUUAGGAGCCGCGCCGCGCGAAAUGGCUAAAGGAAGAAACAGACAAACAAGAAUAAAGAAAGGAAAAUCUACGAAACGCAAGCGAUAAGAGGGGGAAGAAAAAAGGAGGGGGGGAGGGGAGUUGGGAAUAUGGGAUAGUGAUGGGAAAUGAGAUAUACUUUUUUUUUCUUUUUCUUUUUUUUUAGGUAGAAAUCGCUAAAGAGCUUUUUUAUUAACCUUUUUAGUACCGCAAGGGAAAACUUUGUACCGGCUGCCAGUGACGAUGGGCAAGUGGAUGGAGGCAAUAGAUAUUCAAUUGAGGGAGGCCUUUAUGAUAUCGAACGAAGGAGUGUGAACAGAUACGAUGAAAUGGGUGUCUCCGUUUGCAGAAAGAGGUGGGGGGGCGCGCAACGUGUAUGGAAAUAUCAGAUACUCGAACUUGUGCUUCAUUUUCAUUUUUGUCUCUUUCAUCUCUUUUUUUUUCUCUACUGCUUAUUAUCUAUCUUCUCUGUUGUGUUUCUGUUUUUAGUCUCCUCAUCAUCAUUAGCUAUCCUCUGUACUGUCUCUAUAUCUCAUUGCCUGUUCUUACCACCGUUUCUAAUUUCCUCUUUUUUUAUUAUAUCUUAUCAUAGUUUUUUGACCAUCAACAUCGUUUCCGUUCCCCUAUCUUUUUUUUUUCGCACCUCAUACAUAUAUAACUCUCUACCAUAUGCACUCUGAUAUGGUUUUAGCUCUCUAUAUAUCUUUUCAAUCUAUAUGCAUAUUCCUUUACACAUCUCAUACCACA